AUGGCUCAUGCAAAAAAGAAAGACAUGGGACCUACCCACCUCAACACCAACGUGUCCUUCACCUCCCGGGCUGGGCUGCAGGGAGGGCAGGCUUUUCUGAACCCUUUUUCCAUGCACUGUGCCAAGGGGGGCCCACGGCAAAAGGGCUUUGGGGGCGUCCUGCCGCCCCCCCCCCCCCCCAGCCCCCAAAGCCAACCCGGAGUCAGAGACCGCGACCCGGGAGGAUUCCGGUGGCCCCGGGAGGAUGCUCGCAGCCCCGGGGCCGCGCCGGUGCCUCCUCGGGCAAUACCCGUGCCCACUCCGCCUCCCCGGCCCGUGCCCGCGGCCGCACUCACGGUUCCGCCGCGCUGCAGCGCUGGGUCCCGGUCCCCGCCGCCGCUGUCGGUGCUGCCGCCGGUGCCGGUACCGGUGCGGGCUCCGCCGCCCCCGGCUCAGGUUCGCUCCAUGUCCCCGGCGCCUCCGGGAGAAGACCCCGAGAGGUCAGAUGAAGCAGAUGAUUUCCAGCAGCCAAGCGAGCACCGAACACACAGGCGAGUUCACGGCGACCUCCACGCGCUCCGGGGGCUGCGGCCACCCCAGAGGGGCCCCCCGAGGGGCUCCGGGGGCCAGGGGGAGGUGGGAGGCACAUCCCCCAAACUGGACGAGGAAACAAUUAACAAAGGAGCCGAGGACCUGCACAACUGA